GCGAGGGGCGGGGAGGGCUGGCCGGCGGGCUGCGCGCUGGCCCUGAAGGGAGGGGUCUGCCCCGCACCCGUCCGAGGUAGGGCCCCGCGGACCGCGACCCGCGCCGCGCCCUGGGGACGCUGUUCCCCGCGUGCCAAAGGACCCGGGGACGCCCGGCCGGGGGCGGGGGCUGCGCUGCGGAGCCGCCCACGCCACACUCCAGGAGCCGGAGACGAUAGGAUGGAUGUUGGGAUGUGCUGAUCUCCCCUCAAGACAGCUGGCAGGCACCCUGGUCAUGGAGGACUGCAACGUGCACUCGGCCGCCAGCAUCCUGGCCUCAGUGAAGGAGCAGGAAGCCCGGUUCGAGCGGCUGACACGGGCACUCGAGCAAGAGCGGCGCCAUGUUGCCCUGCAGCUGGAGCGUGCCCAGCAGCCUGGCAUGGGCAGUGGUGGUGUGGGCAGCGGGCAGCCCCUGCCGAUGGCCUGGCAACAGCUGGUCCUGCAGGAGCAGAGCCCAGGCAGCCAGGCCUCACUGGCCACAAUGCCAGAGGCGCCCGAGGUUCUGGAGGAGACCGUGACGGUGGAGGAGGACCCUGGCACCCCUACCUCUCACGUGUCCAUCGUCACAUCUGAAGAUGGCACGACUCGGCGCACUGAGACCAAGGUUACCAAGACAGUCAAGACGGUGACCACGCGGACAGUACGCCAGGUGCCCCUGGGCCCAGAUGGACUCCCCCUACUGGACGGUGGCCCCCCACUAGGCCCUUUUGCCGAUGGCCCCCUGGACCGGCACUUCCUGCUACGUGGUGGUGGCCCAGCAGCCACGCUCUCCAGAGCCUACGUCAACAGUGGGGGUGGCCCUCCUGAUGGCCCAGAGUCCCGGGAUGGCCCCAGCUACGGCAGUCUAUCCCGUGGGCUAGGUGUGCGGCCCCCACGCACCGGCCCCCUUGGCCUGGGCCCCGCUGAUGGCUGCUUCACGUUGCCUGGCCGCCGUGAGGCCUUCCCGGUGGGCCCUGAGCCUGGGCCGCCAGGUGGCCGCUCCCUGCCUGAGCGCUUCCAGGCAGAGCCCUAUGGCUUGGAGGACGACACUCGCAGCCUGGCUGCUGAUGAUGAGGGUGGCCCUGAGCUGGAGCCUGACUAUGGCACAACCACGCGGAGGAGGCCUGAGUGUGGGCGGGGCCUGCGUAACAGGGCCUACGAGGACGCGGCAGAUGAUGGUGGCGAGCUACUGGAUGAGCGGCCUGCAUUCCCGACAGUAACAGCGCCCCUGGCCCAGCCAGAACGGGGCAGCCUGGGCAGCCUGGACCGGCUGGUGCGGCGCUCACCCUCGGUGGACAGCACCCGUAAGGAGCCGCGGUGGCGGGACCCCGAACUUCCUGAGGUGUUGGCCAUGCUGCGGCACCCUGUGGACCCUGUGAAGGCCAAUGCGGCCGCCUACCUGCAGCACCUGUGCUUUGAGAACGAGGGCGUUAAGCGCCGCGUUCGGCAGCUGCGGGGACUGCCUCUGCUUGUGGCGCUGCUGGACCACCCUCGGGCUGAGGUGCGGCGGCGGGCCUGCGGGGCACUGCGCAACCUCUCCUAUGGCCGUGACACUGACAACAAGGCUGCCAUCCGAGACUGCGGCGGUGUGCCCGCCCUGGUGCGCCUGCUGCGGGCUGCCAGGGACAGUGAGGUCCGUGAGCUGGUCACUGGCACACUCUGGAACCUGUCAUCUUAUGAGCCCCUGAAGAUGGUUAUCAUCGACCAUGGCCUGCAGACGCUGACACAUGAGGUCAUCGUGCCCCACUCAGGUUGGGAGCUCGAGCCCAAUGAGGACUCCAAGCCACGGGAUGCCGAGUGGACAACUGUCUUCAAGAACACGUCAGGCUGCCUGAGGAAUGUGAGCUCAGAUGGUGCCGAGGCCCGGCGGCGACUCCGGGAAUGCGAAGGGCUGGUGGAUGCGCUCCUGCACGCCCUACAGUCAGCUGUGAGCAGGAAAGACACAGACAACAAGUCAGUGGAGAACUGCGUGUGCAUCAUGCGGAACCUGUCCUACCACGUGCACAAGGAGGUGCCUGGGGCCGACAGGUACCAGGAGGCAGAGCCCGGGCCCCCAGGCAGUGCCGCAGGCCCCCAGCGCCGGAGGCGGGAUGACGCCAGCUGCUUUGGUGGCAAGAAGGCCAAAGAGGAGUGGUUCCAUCAAGGGAAGAAGGAUGGUGAGGUGGACCAGAACUUUGACACACUGGACCUGCCUAAGCAAACGGAGGCUGCCAAAGGCUUUGAACUGCUGUACCAGCCCGAGGUGGUACGUCUGUACCUCUCCCUCCUCACGGAGAGCCGGAACUUCAAUACUCUGGAGGCUGCCGCUGGCGCCCUGCAGAACCUCAGUGCCGGCAACUGGAUGUGGGCCACAUACAUCCGCGCCACCGUGCGCAAGGAGCGCGGGCUGCCCGUGCUCGUGGAACUGCUGCAGUCCGAGACCGACAAGGUGGUGCGCGCCGUUGCCAUCGCUCUCCGCAACCUCUCGCUGGACCGGCGCAACAAGGACCUCAUCGGGAGCUACGCCAUGGCAGAGCUGGUGCGGAACGUGCGCAACGCGCAGGCUCCGGUGCGACCCGGGGCCCGCCUGGAGGAGGACACGGUGGUGGCCGUGCUGAACACCAUCCAUGAGAUUGUGUCUGACAGCGUGGAUAACGCGCGCUCGCUCUUGCAGGCCCGCGGUGUGCCGGCGCUGGUGGCUCUGGUCGCCUCCAGCCAGUCCGUGCGCGAGGCGAAGGCUGCGUCCCACGUGCUGCAGACAGUCUGGAGUUACAAGGAGCUGCGUGGCGCCCUGCAGAGGGACGGCUGGACCAAGGCGCGCUUCCAGUCAGCAGCUGCUACCGCUAGGGACCCCAAGGGAGCACCAAGUCCCGGGGGCUUUGAUGACAGCACACUGCCGCUGGUGGACAAGAGCCUGGCUGCCCGCCCGUGCCUUGCAGACAGUGAGAAAACAAGCAGCAGAGACGUGAUUCCCAUGGACACACUGGGCCCAGACGGAUACUCCACCGUGGACCGGAGGGAGCGCAGGGCUCGGGGCAAUGGCUCCACAGGGGAGGCCUCUGAGAAGGAGCCUUUGAAAGUAAGUGGCUGUGGGCAGGCACCCAGGGAGGCUCCAUCCCUAGGAGUGGCCUGGAGAGCAGCCCAAGCCUUACAGAGUCUGGUCUGGGCCCUGGGGGACCAAGCACAGGAGGCUGCCCUCUUAUGUGAGUCUGUGGGUGCUCAUGGGUUUGUGGCUUAUACCUGCUUGGAGGCGGGGCAGGACAGUGCUGCCCAGCCACACGCUGCAGGCAUGUCUGCACCCUCUCUGCAUGAGCAUGCUGGGCAAGGGCAGCACCUGCCACCCACUCUGCACCAGUCCCUAGGCUUCCUGCACAGGCCUCUGUGUGUCCACGCACCAUCCUGGCCCCUCGACCUCAGUGCCCCCGUGCUGCCUUGGCUGGCCACCCUCACACCACUCUGGCCGUGGCCCGGCCCCCUGUGCAGCCCUGUCCUGUGGCCAGUGCUGACUAACCUGCUUUGUUGUGCUUCUAAUGCCCUCCUGUCCACCUGCUCGCCAUGUGCUGCAGCUCCACCCCAGCAGGAAGGCCCCGCCCCCUGGGCCCAGCAGGCCCGCGGUCAGGCUAGUGGACGCCGUGGGGGACGCUAAGCCUCAGCCCGUUGACUCCUGGGUCUAGCUUGCAUGCCUGGGCCCAGGCCCAGCUGCUUGUUCUUAGGGUUCAUUUCACCCGAGAAGGGCCGUCCUCAGCAGACCCUGUCAUGGAGCUCCAAGCGCCCUGGUGGCAGGGGUUGGCAGUGCCUCUGGCCCAAGCCAGGGCCCAGCUUUGGGAUGCCCUCCUGCCCCUCCCCGCCCCCCUCUGCUCUCCCCACCUAACUCCCUAGGCCUAAGUUAGUUGUUUACUGACAUGGUGCUGUGUGUGAGCGAGUGAAAGAAGGCCUGACAAGGCUGGCUGAGCUGCAAGGGCAGGGCCAGGCAGGCAGCAGGGAAGGUGUCUGGCUGUGCUUUGGGGCUAGGGGGUGAAGGGAUUGUACCCCUGUGUAAGGGUGCAUAAGAGGAGUGGGCUGGGCUGGCGGUGUAGGCCCCAGGGACAGGCAGCCAGGCAGAGUGGGGGCAGGGGAGAGAAGUAGAGAGCUCUCCUUGUAGCCACCCUGCAUGGCCGGCAAACCACAGAGGAAGGCCUGGGCCUAGGCAAGGUGGCUUUGAAGGCAUCGCAACGGGGUCAGGCUCCACGUGCCCUACCACCUGUCUUGGUCCUGCAGAUGUGUGGGCCCCCCUGCAGCGGGGCCCUUCCCUGCACUGACCAUCAGGGCUGCAGCUGCUGCAUCUGCCCAGAGCCCCAAGUAGCACCUCGGGGACUGAGCUUCAGCAGUGGUGGGGAUACUGCUGUUCAGUGCCUGCUGUUUGUGACUUAAAAACAGAAGAAAAACACUGACGAAAUGCAUUAAAAAUGAAACCAAAAUAAGACUCUAUUGGUAAACAUCUCAAUUUUUGUAAGAAAAUUUAAAAAUUAAAAAAAAGCAACAAAACAA